AUGGACACGUCCCUCCAGGAAUCUCCUUGUCAUUUGUCCAGGAGCAGCAGGUGUUGUGCGCCCUCUGGUGGUUACGGAGGGAAUUACACGCAUGUGGAUCGCCCGUUGCCUCUGUUGUUAUACCCGAGCCGCGUUGAUCAGCGAGUCUACGAUAGAUCCUUCUGUAGCAGUGCAUCGCUGCUCUCGUACCUACCGUCGUUACACGGGAGCUUCGGCGUCUACGAAUGUCCGUUCGAGCCCGCCUUCAUCCAGAAACGCAACGAGCGGGAACGCCAGCGCGUGAGAUGUGUGAACCAGGGAUACGCCAAACUACGCGAGCACCUGCCCAACGGGACGGCCGACAAACGGCUGAGCAAAGUUGAGACGCUGCGCGCGGCCAUACGCUACAUCAGGUACCUGCAGGAUCUGGUGGAGAACGCGGGCACGGCGGAGGAGAACCGAGAAGUGUCACCGUUUUCCAUUUCCGAAUCGUCUUCUGAGGAGUCUGUUGGGAGUUAAAGACGUACAGAAAACCUGGUUCAAACGACUUUAUCCCGCUACUGAAAAACGAGACUCAAACCCUGAGAGAUUCUCAGAUAACAGCAUGUUUCAAUGAUGCAAAACCACAACUUCGCUAUCCAGGAAAUGCGCAAACAAUUACAGACAAGUAAUGAGCUGAAUA